AUGGAGGAAGAGCUCAAGAACUUCAUUAAGGUUUGGGUUUUAGCAAUAAUCUCCAUAUCUUAUUGUUACUACUCAUCAACCAAGAUAAAACCUGGAGUCUUUAGAUUACUCUCUGUUCUUCCUGUUUGUGCUUUGUUUCUUGUUCUUCCUCUGUUUUUCUCCUCUGUUCAUCUCUCUGGUAUCAUUGCGUUUUUCAUCUCGUUUCUAGCUAACUUCAAGCUCAUACUGUUUUCCUUUAAUCAAGGUCCUCUUGUCCCAACCCCACCUAGUCUCACCUUAUUCAUCUGCUUUACUUGCUUCCCAAGCAACAACACUCGUGAAAACCCUAAGUACAAGAAUCAUUUGCCUAAAUGGGUGUUCGCUUUUAAACUUGUGAUCUUUGAUGGUUUGUUAUAUGUCUACUAUCAAUAUUACAAAACCAUUCCACAUCCGUUUGUGCUAUGGUGUCUCCAUUCUCUGCAUAUCUACUUAGAGAUAGAGAUCGUUUUGAUGAUUGUCAAAGUUGCUGUCUCCAUCAUUUUUGGUUGCGACCUCGAGCCACAUUGCAACGAACCAUACUUAGCCACGUCUCUUCAAGACUUCUGGGGUCGCAGGUGGAACCUCAUGGUUCCGGAGAUUCUCCGACAAGCUGUUUACACUCCAAUAUGCGGGGUAGUCUCUAAGAGGAAACUGAACUCAGAGUUGUCUCUGUUUCUAGGAUUCUUGGUCACGUUUGUAGUGUCUGGCGCAGUUCAUGAGCUUAUGUUGUUCUAUUUAACACGUGAGUUGCGUACAGGAGAAGUUACUAUGUUCUUCGUUUUACAUGGAGUUUGUACUGCGGCUGAGGUGGUGGUUGAGAAGAAGUUUGCGCGGCGGCUGUGGAGGAUGAGUACGGUGUUGUCGCGGUUGCUUACGGUGGGGUUUGUGGUUGUGACGGGUGGUUUGUGGUUUUUUCCUCGGCUUAUAAGGAAGGGCAUGAUCGAGGGACUUGCUAACGAGGUUUUGUUUGUCAACAAUCUAACCGGACUAAUCCGAUCAGGCUUUUUGAUUGAUCUAUCUUAAGUGGGGAGGGGGG